AUGAAAACUCUCGGGUUCGUUCGGCCAGUUUUUACAGCUGAGCUGUGUUAGAAAUUAUGCCAAAUCACUGAAAGAUGAGUUCUUUGCCUUUUAAAAAAAGUUGAAUUUAUAAUGAAAUGUAUAUUUCAAUUUUAUAAGGAUAGAUAUUAGAAAAAAAAAUUCGAAAGUAUUAGUAAACCAAAGUUUUUCAAUUCAGAGAGAAUCAAUGUAAAAAAAGGAAGGAAAAAUGAUGUCAGAUCCCAAAAGACGGUCUUUUUUCCAUAUUUCCGAGGGGUUUUUCGACCAAUUUUUUUCCAUUCAAAUUUUUUUUUCAUAAGUUUUCAGCGAAAUGAAACAUGAUUUUUUUAUCAGAUAAAUUUCAAAAACGACAGAAAUUUCCUAGUAAGCAAAUCGCUUUUCGCUAUUCGUAUUUAUUCUCGGUGUAGAUAGCCCUAGAACUUGAAAUUACUACUAAAAAAAUUUUUUUUUGGUUUGAAAAAAAUCCCACUUGUUUCAGGUACUCGCCAUCGCAUCAGGACACGGUAUUUUUGGCUGUUGCCACUCAGAAACGGAUAUUUCUCUACACAUACGACGAUAAAAGUGAGUUUUUUUCGUUUCAUUAUUUGUUAAUAAAAAGCCAGAUUCAGGACGAUUCGCGGGUAGAAUUCAAUUGCCAUUCAUCGAGAGGUCGAUAUUUUACGAACUGAAGAUUUUCUCCCAGUCGGAAGUUUUUUACUGCGACGAGAACAACUGCGGGUUGGUUUUUUCUCACUGAUAUAAUGAUUGAAAAAAAUUUCAAAACUAUGAGAAAAAAAUUUAUAAAUGAUAUUAUAUAGUGAGCUUUUUAGCCAGGUGAUAACUAUUUCAGAGGUGCUUCAAAAGCCCUUAACAGUUUUGUUAGUGUAAAAUAGUUUUUAAUUGUUCGACGACAAUAAAAAAUCUCGAAAAAACUUGAAAAAACAGAACUAUCUCAAAAAUGUCGAUGUUUUAAGGUUGUGCACCUACUCCAACAAUAACUCCUCCUGUUCAAAAAUCACUCUGAGCGUGGCUGAGUACGAUGUCGAGAGGAUCACGUCGGCUGCCGUCGUCAAAGCCGAGCAGACGGAACUUCUGAUGCUCCGACUCAGUAUCUUGGACACCAACAAGCAGGAACACGCGCUGGUCGCUAGGUACAAAGCUCAGGAUAAUGGGUUCGUUUUUUUUUUCGAAACUAAAUAGAAUUUUUCGGUUGCCUUAUAUACGUUGAUCUUGAAUACCAUUUUUGCAUUUUGAAAAGGAAAAAUAGUUAGCCUAGAAGAUUUACAUCUUUUGUAAUGUAAUGCAAGAGAGAAAAAUGAAAAAAAUUAUUUUUUUAUUUGAAUUUCUUGAUUUCCCACUAUCGAACGGCUCAAAAUUUCAGCGAUAUCUCAACAGACGUGUUGGCUGCAGAUGCUCCAUUUAUCGUUAAUCACAAGACAUCUACCGGUUUUGAAAGAAACGGCUACAUUUAUUUCGUCACCUCGGACAGCCAACCUUAUGAACCUCUGGCUAAUAUCCACAGAAUAGCUCAGAACAUCAGUAUAGUAAAAAUUAUAAGGUAUUUAUUUGAAAAAGAAGAACUACGCAAUAUUUAUGGAUUAGGGUUUGCGUUGGAGACCAGUCGCAGGAGUUGGCCUCGAAAAUGAGCUUGGUUUUGGACUGUGGUGUCGGAGAUAAUGAGCAGCAUGGUUCGUUUAACUUUUUUUAACUCCCUAAUAUUCAAAUGAGAAAUUUUUCAACUUUUAUGGCAAGCAUACUGGGAAAGCAUUGUGUCGUUGAAAAAAAAAAUUUUGUCCGAGUCAACUUUGGUUUUCGAUUUUCUCUCCCGACAGUGAAUACUGUCCUGGAAUUUAUAUUUAUGUAAUAUCAUUAUUUUUCAUUUUCUCAAUAUUCAGGCGGAAGUGGACACGUUGAAGCCUCGAUUUUCGACAAAGACAAGGAUCGACUGAUGGUUUCAAUGGCAAGACAUGGAAAAAAAUGUGAGAAAGUUUUUUUAUUUCGUUAUUUUUUUCUUUCAAAAAAAUGCAGCUGUUUUUUUGGGUGAAUCUAAACUUUUUUUCAAUAAGAGUUCCAUUUUAAGGAGCACAAGAUUUGUUCGUUCAAAAAUGAAGGAAAUCGAGAAACGGUUCAACAACAACUGGGAUAUCUGUCAGAAAAACGUCCAUGAAAGACAGUCAGGUGAGCUUUUUUUCUUUUUUUCGAAUACUUUUUGAGGUUUGAGAGGGCUUGUGAAAUUGAACAGGUUUCCUUUUUUUGAAAAAAAUUUCCAAAUUCUCGUAGAUUUUGAUUUUUCUUUUUUUGUUGAAUUUUAAUUCAGGCUAAAAGCGUCUCAUUUUUUGUUUUUCUCUCAAUUUUCUAAACCAACAGCUAGGAAACUUUAUUUUUUUAACCAAUCACUGAGAAGAAAAUUAAACUUUUUUUUUCACAUGACAAAUUUGGGCAGCAAAUUUCAGGACUGCGAAUACGUGAAAGACGAUCAGGAGCUGGCCAAAAAACCUCAUUGCUCGAUAUUUUCUCACAUGGCUCAAGGCUUCACCACCACUGUUUGCUCCAAAUAUGGAGGGGUCAGUGUCUUUCCUCUUUUAAAUGUUUGUUCAUGAUUUUUUGACCCAUGAAUUUUUAUGAAAAGACUCAAAGCCUUAAAUGUUAUAGCUGAUUUUUCCGGACUUGAAAGGCGAGAUGAGCAGAUUGGCAAGAGUGCAGCGUUGCGUAAACGACGCGGUUUUUUUGUUCAACUGAGUCUUUUCAAACCAUAACGAAUAGAAACUAACUUUAUUAAAAGUCGUUAAAAAGAGAGAACUUGUAAAAAAUCGGGUACGCGUUUUACCUAAAAUUCCCGUCAAAAAGCCGCGUCGCGUACGCAACGCGUCAUUCUUGUCACUCUACACAUCUCGCCUUUCAGUCGGAGAGGAUCGACAAUAUCCCUAUUCAAUUUUUUUUUUCAGAACGGCCCUAUACUGAAAAACUGUGAUGUGGCCUCAGCCGAAGGAAACAGCUACAGAUACGGUUGGCUGGAAGAUUAUACUCCCUUCGUUGGAGAACUCAUUGUCAAGUGAGCCUUUCCCUACGGUUCAAUUGUUUCCUAUUCCUUAUCAUUUUAGACUAUCGACCAAAUAUGGAAUAACUUCGAUCAACACGCUCUCCUUCGAUAAAGGAGCCAUUUAUGGAGCAGUUACGACCUCGUUCGGUGAUAAGAUUAUCAGAGUGAGAUUUUUCCAGGAAAAGAAAGUAUUGAGAACGGACUUUCAGGCUACAUCCACGGGAAACGUCGAAAGCAAAGUAGUAUGGCAAACGAAUGUGACAGCGACUCCUACCUUCGCAUUGACAUCACCUAGUAAUUUCCCAGAAAACACGAUUCAUUAUGUGAAUGGUCAAGAGGUUAUUUCACCAAAAAGAAAUGGAGAGAAAAAAGAUUUCUUUCAGGUUCGCACUAAAAAAUCAACAUGUGAUAAUCUCUACAAGACGUGCGGCGACCUUGACCAAGGUAUAUCAUUUUUAUUUAAUGUCUCUAUUUUGCGAGAAUCGAUUUCAAAUCUUUUCAACGAUCUUCAGGAGGAUGGGAUGACCCUCUACAAUGUGCCUGGUGCACCAGCAGCCAACCUUUUCGAGCCGUACCAUCUUCUAAAGCUUCCUGUCUCAGAUUCAUCAGAAAAGCUUGUCCGCCUCAAGUUCUUCAUGUUCGUUUGACUUCUUUGUUAGUCAAUCCAAAUAAUUUGGUUUUCAGAUGACCCCAUUCGCCAACGGAACUGGUUUAACUGUUUUUGGAACAUCUCUCAACACUAUGAAGGCUCCCUACAUCCAAAUGUGCGACGAUACUUGUAGGAUUCAUCCAGCGGAUCACACUUCAAGCCAGUUAGUUAUUGAAAUUCGUGAGAAAAAAUAAACAGUUUGAUUACAUUAAAGUGAAUCUUUAGAGUUAAUGGAUAUAUAUUUUUUUCGAUUCAAAUUACCAGCAUCUGCCUUGAUUCGAUAAAAGUUCUCAGAUCAAAUUUCGAAAAAAAUAGCAGCUUAUGAUCAUCUGGACCAAAUUCAUUCCAAAUUUUAAAGCAUAAAGUUUUUUUUGAAUAGAACAUAAAAAGACAAAAGAAUUUUUUUAAGGGUUUUGAAAUUUUAAUUUCCUCCAAAGGCAUGCUUACAAAGUUUUCCUUAAGGAAACAAAAUUAUCACCACUUCUCUUUUAUUAUCAUCGAAAUAUUCAUUAACAUGAACCGUUCAUCAAGGUUAUAGAUAUUUCUCAAGUCGGCGAUUUUCAGCUUUGUCUGCCGCGUGGAUUCGGGCAUUCUGAACUUGGACUGCACGAAAAUAACGUUGAUUGGACAACUGGCCGACACUCCGAAUUACACGAUCGAUCUGAAUCCGAUGAUGGUUGAAGCAGAACCGUCCAUUUCUGAUGGCGCUCCGAAUGCUCACAAAAGUUCCAGGUUAUUAUUUUUUGUUAAGAUUUUUUCAGUAAUUAAGUAGAAGGUCGUUUCACUUUUCGGAAGAGAUUUUCUUGAAAGUUGUACAGAACAAUUCUCGAUGUCCCACAAAAAGAUUUUGAAAGUCUCAAUCAGCACAAAAAUAUGGAAAAUGAAUACUAAAAAUCCGGAAAUGGCAGUUUUCUAAUGACUUUUUUUCUAGAACUAUUCCUCUUUGGAAUAAACUAACUUCUUAUUUAGAUUUUAACGUUACCCCAGAAACUCUGCGUAAAAAGUUGAAUGCUCUUCCGUUUGAAGCCUUCCAUGAAAAUAUCCCCUCUCGUCUCCUGUGAAUUUGCCAUAUUUCCGGGUACCCGUCAACUCGUUGGGGUUGACUCUUUCCCGUGUAUUGUUAUUUCUCUGGCUAUUCCUUCACUUGAUCAUCUAUUCUUCAAUUAUUUUUUUUAAUGUUAAAUAAUGGCAGUGAAUAAACUAUCUAUUAUUAUUAUUAUUAUUAAAUGGCCUUUUUUUAGCGGAUUUUUGAUAGUUUUCUUUGACUCCAAGGUGUCUCACGAAUAAUAAGAACUUAUACAUGUUAAGAUUCUCAGAAUCCCCGUUUGGUACAUCAAGAAGUAAUCUAGGCGAAUUUUAAGAAACUCUUAACCUCGGAGUGAAAAGACCAUUCUUGUAAACUGGAUUGAAUAAUGUCUUAAUUCAGACUAUGGAAAGCUCUCGCCGCCGUCAUCGCGAUCGUUGUUCUUCUCGCCAUACUGGCCAUCUUCUAUUUCUUCAUGCGAAAGAGAUUGGUAAUUCAUUUAUUUUUGCUAGAGGAUUUUUCAUUUUUUUUUUUUAGUGGGUGAUAAAAACGCCAAUGACGCGGAGCGGCGCUGGAGUCGAGAAUAUCUAUUUGGAGCAGAAUUUCAACAUGAGCGGAACAUUUGGAAGAAAUAACUUUGUCGGUACUGAUUACAUCACCAUCUUCAGGUUCCUUUUUUACUUUUAUCUUUUUUUUGGGUUUUCUGUAAUUAGAGACUCUGAGUUUCAAUUUUUCCCGCAGCUUUUCACGUUUUGAUAAAUAGAUUUUUAUCGGUUUCAAAGAUUCCUUAUAGAAUCCGAUCAAAAAAAAACACGUUUUCCAGAGAACUACCCGCCGAAAUCAAGAUCGAAUAUGAAAAACUGCAAAUAAAUCGAUCUGAAAAACUCGGAGAAGGUUAGAAGGUUUUUCAAAUUUUCUUUGAAGGUACAAAUUACAGGACAGUUUGGUGUCGUUUUCCCGGGUCAAUACCACGUUGAGAAAGGAGAAACGAUGCUAGUUGCUUGCAAAUACAUGAAAGACGGCCGUGUUUCCGAGUUCUACGAAGAAGGUAACCAUUAUUUCAUGUUUUACUUUGUUUCAUGUUGACAAUCAUUUGUAUCGAAUCAAAAGUAACUCAUAUUUUUCAUUUUGAAUACUUAGCUCGUGUGAUGAAGCAGUUCAACCAUCGCAAUGUCCUACAGCUCGUUGGAAUUUCUGUCGACUCGGAAACGCAAAUUCCAAUUACAGUCACUCCUUUCAUGAUCAAUGGAGACGUCGCAAGUUUCAUCAAAAACCCAAAUAAUGUAGGAAUUUUUUAAGAUGUUCAGCUUUAAUGGAUCAAACUUCAGACAGUUACUCUCCGAGAUCUUUGGCGGUUUGCUACAGGAAUUGCUGAGGGAAUGGCUCACAUCCACUCCAAAGGGUUCAUUCACCGAGAUUUGGCAGCCAGGAAUUGCAUGUAUGAUUUUUGAUGUAACAGUUAUUCUCUUCUGAAUGUGUCUCAAAAGAGCUCCCAAACUUUAAAAAAUGGGUUUCGGAUUUUUUUCAAAUGCAACUGGUUCUUAUUUUUUUCCAAUUUUUUUCUUGUGAAUAACCCUGAAAAUUUUUAAGUUAAUUAACUGAGAAAAGUUCUUAAAACCUCCCUUUGAAAAAGUGAGAAAAAUCUAAUCAAAGGUUUCAUAGCUAUUUCACCCUUAGUAGGAAAUGAAGUAAAAAUGGGACGAUUUCCUCUUUUUCAGGCUUGAUGAAAGCUUUCAAGUCAAAGUAGCCGAUUUCGGGCUCUGCCGAAAAGUUGACGAAGAAACUCAAGUGUACACAAUUGCGGAUCAGGGCCGAAGAAUGCCGAUCAAAUGGAUGCCACCGGAAGUUUUGGAGCAACAGGUGAUUUUUAAAACGCAAAUCUUUCUUAUUCCAAUGUUUUCUCAGUUUGACCAGAAGUUCGACGUUUGGUCGUACGGCGUGGUUCUCUGGGAACUUUUCACCCGUGGCCAGACGCCUUACGGCAGCAUCGAUAACCAGUCUCUGCCCCAUUUGCUGAAGCGAGGUCAUCGUUUGCCGAAUCCACCGCAUUGCCCUGAAAUAAUGUGAGUUCUCUCGAUUCUUGAAUUUCAAAUUAAAAUGAGCAAGUUUUUCGCCUUUAAUUCAGUAUGAGUUUUCAAGAAAGGGUUUGAAUGAUACAAUUUUUCAGUCUAAUGUCUUAUCUUUUUUCGAAAAGUAGCGAAAACAAUUUUUAAUUCAAUGAAAACCGUACGCAAAAACCUCUUAGUCUUUUUUUCCAAAAAAACAUCUCAUUUAUAAUUUAUUAUUUUCAAUAUUUAUUGUCAAGAAUGAGGAGCUCUGAGCGAAUCAUAGUUUCGAACAAGUUUUAGGAGUUCUUUGGUAUUUUUUUUGAAGCGAAAAAAGCAAACCAAGCGGGCAAUUUAUCAUAAAUCAUUUUGAAAGUUUCAUCAAGUUCAAAUAUUGUUUUCCAGCUACAACGAAGCGAUGUUGAAGUGCUGGCAGGCCAAUUCUCCAGAAAGACCGACUUUUGUGGAGCUCGUCGAAAUAAUGCACGACAUUCUUCGGCAGCUCGAAAGACAGUCCCACCGUCUGAACAGCGACUACGAGCGUGUAAGUCCUAGGUGAUUUUUUGUCCUCGGUUCGUUUUUUAACCUUUUGUUUUUUUCCGCUUUAUUUUCUGUUGUUAGAACUGUGUGGCUCUGAAAGAUUUUUUUAAGUUUAACAAAAAAAUUUCUGAGUAUCUUCAAAUUUUCAAAUUAUAGUACCCAGCUUUCCUACCCAAUUCAAAGCAUGCAAAAACACCUUUUUUUCGUGAGAACAUGUUUUUUUGUUUCAAUUCGUCUCCAAUCGGAAUGAAAUUUGUGUUGCAUUUGCUUUUUUUGUUUUCAAAUCAUACGGAAUUUUUUUCUUCGAAAUUUCAACCUUGAGGCAAAAAUUUUUUUGCUUUCUAUAUUCGGUUUUUUUUAUUUUUUUCAGUUUUUUUAUGCAUAUCACUUUUUUUAAUAUUUUUUUGAAAUCCUAUGAAUCUCAUCGAACUGUUUUCCAUUUUUUAAUUUUUCGACAAUACGUUUCCAUUUUUAUAAUAAGUUUGCGUUCUAACAACAGGGAAAAUUCAGUUGGCCAUGGUUUUAAAAUAAACUCUUGCUUUUUUAUGGUAGAACUUUUCAGGUGGCCGACUUCUCCUCGCGUCCCUCCCAAAAUGGAAACAACUCCUCUGGUAACGGGGAGUAG